CCUCCAGCUCACGCCCAGCGGCCUCCCUGACUCCCUGACGAUCAUCACACCUGUGCCUUCAUCGGCUGUGCCCGUGCCGCGUGGCUGUCGCUCGCAAUGUCAGGCCUGUAUCAUCCAUCUUCAGCCCGCGGUCGUCGAACAAUGUGGCCGCCCAGUUCAACCAAUCCCAUGAAAACGUCAAUGUCAGCCUCUUGGAGGGAGCAUCUAUCCGGUGUUGCAGCUGGUGGAUUAUCUGCUUGCCUCGGCUUAUUCCAUAGACAUCAUUCUUUUGUAGCAAACAUGCAUACAGCAUCUCACUCCCAAGGACACAAACCUCCCGGAUGCGCCAUCUGGCGCCCGGCCUUUCCUCGUAUCCCACCCUUGAAAGAGACAUCGCGCAUUGCCAGAUCAUAUACGGCAAGCGGAUUCUUCUAAGUAUCGGCGGCCAAACUCCCUAUCGCUGGCCUCCGACCAAGCCGUUACCGCCUUUGCAGACCGCGUCUGGGAGCUUUUGGCCCCAUGAGGAGGAUCGAUCCCGCCCUACGCCCAUGCGGUUCUGCGGUCCUAGGUGGGUUUGAUAUGAACAAG